CCACUGUCUGGGUAUAUAUCACAAACCUAGGGUAAGUGAAAGCUGAUUCUCACUGCGCAACCUUCGAGCACCAACCAUGUCGAGGAGAAAGGUUAGAGAGCCCAAGGAGGAAACCGUCACUCUUGGCCCUGCUGUUAGAGAGGGCGAACAUGUUUUUGGUGUUGCUCGCAUUUUUGCAUCAUUCAAUGACACCUUUAUUCAUGUGACUGAUUUGUCUGGAAGGGAAACCCUUGUCCGCAUCACUGGUGGAAUGAAGGUUAAAGCUGACAGAGAUGAAUCAUCCCCAUAUGCUGCUAUGCUUGCAGCACAAGAUGUUGCUGCUAGAUGCAAGGAGCUGGGCAUAACUGCUCUUCAUAUCAAGCUCCGUGCCACCGGUGGAAACAAGACAAAAACACCUGGCCCUGGUGCUCAGUCUGCUCUCCGCGCCUUGGCUCGUUCUGGAAUGAAAAUUGGCCGCAUAGAGGAUGUGACCCCGAUUCCGUCAGAUAGCACUCGUAGAAAGAGCGGUAGAAGGGGAAGAAGGCUUUGAAGAUUGCUAUGGCUGCCCAAGCCUUCUGUUUUUGUCUGUGUUUUGAAAUUCAGAACUCUAUUGUACUUCUUGACGGUUGACAUGUUUGUCCAACUGUUUUAAUUGAGCUUGUUUAGAGUUUCCGUUUGAUGCCCCCGUUGGACAGUAAAAUACAAAACAAAAUACAUGAAAUUUUAUUAGACUGCUAUUUUUUAAA